AUGCCUAAGGUGCAAGUCCUUGCGGUAUGCGGCUAUGUAGCUGCAAGUCUAAAGGCUGACCAAUUAAAAAUGCAUUAUCAUCGGGAAGAACAAACAUGGGCCCCUGUUGGGGCGUUUCAAAACCAACCAGCCGUCCUCAGGCCCGCGUGUGAGCCCUCUGAGUCUAAGCGGCCAUUGACUGGACUGCUCCAAGAUGCCGUGGGGGAGCCUGGUCGCCAAGACUUAGCCAGGCGUCCACUACCUGGCACACCGGUGCGCGUUAGUCAGUCGUUGGUGGGGGAUCCUGACUCUAGUCUACCCGUUCGUCGUGCUGUCAGAUGCAGAUGGCACAGUGGGAAGAGCAACUGGGGCCUGGGCUGUUGA